UGCUGUUACCUCUGCCCUUCCUCUCCCACUUCGAGAGCAAGCAGGUUGUGUGGGCACGAGUCGCUCUGCAAUGAGGACUGCCAAGCAGUUUGUACAGGUGGCUCUGGCCCUCUGCUGCUUUGCAGAUAUUACCUUUGGAAUUGAGGUUGAUUGCAGUCUGUAUGCCAGUGGCAUCGGCAAGGAUGGGACGAGCUGGGUAGCCUGCCCGAGGAACUUGAAGCCUGUCUGUGGGACAGAUGGCUCCACGUACAGCAACGAGUGUGGGAUCUGCCUCUACAACAGGGAGCACAGUGCAAACGUGGAGAAGGAAUAUGAUGGAGAGUGCAGGCCAAAGCACAUUACGAUUGAUUGCACUCGAUACCGCCAAGUUGUAAGAGAUGGUAACGUCAUGGUAGCCUGCCCAAGGAUUCUGAAACCAGUCUGUGGCUCAGAUAGCUUCACUUAUGACAACGAAUGCGGGAUUUGCGCCUAUAAUGCAGAACAUCACACCAACGUUUCCAAACUGCAUGAUGGAGAAUGCAAGCUGGAGAUUGGCUCACAGGUUGACUGCACUAAGUACCCAUCCACAGUCUCUAAGGAUGGCAGAACAUUAGUAGCCUGUCCAAGGAUCCUGAGCCCGGUUUGUGGCACAGAUGGUUUCACCUAUGACAACGAAUGCGGGAUCUGCGCCCACAAUGCAGAGCAGAGGACCCAUGUCAGCAAGAAGCACAAUGGGAAAUGCAGGCAGGAGAUUCCUGAUAUUGACUGUGAUCAAUACCCAACAAGAAGAAUCAAUGGUGGCAAACUCCUGGUGCGCUGCCCAAGGAUUCUGCUCCCAGUCUGUGGCACAGAUGGAUUUACUUAUGACAACGAGUGUGGCAUUUGUGCCCAUAAUGUACAACAUGGUACUGAGGUUAAGAAAAGCCAUGAUGGAAGAUGCAAGGAGCAUAGCACCCCGCUUGACUGCACCCAAUACCUGGGCAACAGUAGGAACGGUGAAGCCGUUGCCGCCUGCCCCUUCAUCCUGCAGGAGGUCUGUGGCACUGAUGGUGUCACCUACAGCAACGACUGUGCUCUGUGUGCCCACAACAUUGAAUUAGGAACCAGCGUUGCCAAAAAGCAUGAUGGGAGGUGCACAGAGGAAGUUCCUGAGGUAAACAUCAACCCUGGCAGCAGGGACGCUGUGCAUUUUCUGCAUGCAGUCAGGGAAAGAAAGAGAAGAGGACAGCUUGACUGCAGCAAGUACAGAACCUCCACACUGAAGGAUGGCAGGCAGCUGAUGGCCUGCACCAUGAUCUACGAUCCAGUCUGUGCUACCAAUGGUGUCACCUAUGCCAGCGAAUGCACGCUGUGCGCUCACAACCUGGAGCACCGGACCAAUCUUGGCAAGAGAAAGAAUGGAAGAUGUGAAGAGGAUAUAACAAAGGAACAUUGCCAAGGGAUCCAGCAAGUCUCUCCCAUCUGCACCAUGGAAUACAUACCCCACUGUGGCUCUGAUGGCAAGACUUACAGCAACAGAUGCGUCUUCUGCAACGCAUACCUGGAGAGCAAUAGGACUCUCAACCUCGUGAGUAUGACCGAAUGUUAACUCUGCACUGGAGUCCAGCGUGAGAAACAAUCUGCCUUGCACGGGUCUUCAUGGGCCAAUAUUCCCCAACAGUUUUCCUUCAGCUUGUUUUGUGUUCUAAGCUCUCCAAACACUUCUUUGGUGAAUAAACUCACUUGGCAACAUUUA